AUGCCACAAGUCACGAAAAAAACAGCAGAAAUAUUUAAUGAGCGACAUGAGAACAGUAACGUGCAUCGAAAAUAUGUUCUAGAACUUGUAGCUAAAUUUCGGGAAACUGGGUCAGUCGCCAAUAAAAAACGCAACAUUGAAAAUCCCAUAAGGAACGAAGCAAUAGAAGUGAGGACUGUGUGUGGUGUUAGUCGACGUACUGUCCAACGGAUUCUAAAGGCCCAUAGUUUUCAUCCUUAUAAAAUUCACCUGUUACAAGAACUGAAUGAAGACGAUUUUGAUCGGCGAUUACAAUUUUGUGAAGAAAUGAACGUCAUAGAUCCUGCAUUAACAGCCAUAAUUGAAAAUCAGAAUGAUCGGCGGUACAUUGCGAAUAGGUUGAUGUUCCAACAGGACGGUACCCCACCACAUUACGCAUUACGUGUUCGACAAUAUUUAGAUCAGACGUUUCCAGAUCGAUGGAUUGGUAGAAGGGGUGAUUUCUUUAUGUGGGGUCAUUUAAAAAGCAAAAUCUAUGCUACUCAGCCAAAAGCAUUAGAAGACCUGCGACAAAGAAUUGUGAAUGAGUGCCUUCAAAUUACUCCUCAAAUAUUGCAAAAUGUGCGAUUGAUGUUCCAACAGGAUGGCGCCCCACCACAUUACGCAUUACGUGUUCGACAAUAUUUAGAACAGUCGUUUCCAGAUCGAUGGAUUGGUAGAAGAGGUGCCAUUGAAUGGCCACCAAGAUCGCCAGAUUUAUCACUUUUGGAUUUCUUUAUGUGGGGUCAUUUAAAAAGCAAAAUCUAUGCUACUCAGCCAACAUCAUUAGAAGACCUGCGACAAAUAAUUGUGAAUUACUCCUCAAAUAUUGCAAAAUGUGUGGCAACGUUUUGA